AUGGCAAAGAAAUUAAAAGGUAAAUUAGUGAAUAGCAAAGGAUUGAAAGGUGCCUUAGCACGUCUUACUACCAAGGAAGAAAUAAUUAAGAAAACGGAGAAAUCCAUGGAAAUUCAAAAGGACAAACAAGCAUUGAAGGAAAAGUCCAUAAAAAGUGGAAAACGAAACAAGAAGAAAGCCCAAAACCAACAGAUUCAGCAAAAAGGCUUACAGCCUUUCAAUAUUGAUGACAAACUCUUACUUGUUGGAGAAGGUGACUUUUCAUUUGCAGUAUCUAUAAUAAAGGAGAAUUUCAUAAAGCCAGAGAAUCUCAUAGCGACCAGCUUCGAUUCUAAAGAUGAAAUAAUACAAAAAUAUCCUACUGUCGAACAAAACUUGAAUUUUCUUAUUGACGAAGGAGUACAGUUAUUACAUAGUAUUGACGCUACUGAUCUCGUAUCUUCGUUGAAGUUGAACACUACGGCUAAGAACAAGAAGAAAGCAAAAGCUAGAUUAUUUUCUGAUAAUAGGAAUUUGGACUACAUUAUGUUCAAUUUUCCACACACUGGUAAGGGUAUAAAGGAUGUGGACAGAAAUAUCAUUGAUCAUCAAAAAUUAGUAUUGAACUACUUCAAGAGUUGUAGAGCAGUCUUUAACUUGGUGAAUAAUGAUAUGGAGAAUGAUUUUGCAGGAUAUGCAUCUAGUGCAGUAAACGAAAACAAAGGCAAGAUUCUUUUAACUCUAUUCGAAGGUGAACCAUACACUUCUUGGAACAUUAAGAUAUUGGGUAGAAGUGAAGAUUACAAAGUCGAACGUUCAGGAAAAUUUAGCUGGCAAAUGUUCCCAGAUUAUCACCAUAGACGGACUAACAGUGUACGUGAUACAACUAAGCCCGCAUCAGAGAGAGACGCAAGAAUAUACGUGUUCGAACAAUUUACUAAGAAGGAUGAUAAGAGAAAGAAAACCGAUGAUUCUGAUUCGGACAAUUGA